AUGUUGGCUCACCUUCUCCUCUUCGCCAAAGUGUUUGGUGUAGUCUUCAGCCAAGCCAGCACCUAUCUCCGAUCGUUCAUCUCAUCCUCCAUUCACCGCCGAACCUACAGCCCAGGCUCCAACCCCAAAAACAUCGUCGUUGUCGGCGCUUCUUUCGCCGGCUACAAUGCCGCACGCUGUCUGGUGAACUCCAUCCCGUCGGGUUACCGGGUCAUCAUCAUUGAAAAGAAUAGCCAUUUCCAAUUCACCUGGGUUCUACCUCGAUUCUCCGUCGUCGAGGGCCACGACAAGAAGGCCUUCAUCCCAUACGGUCCGUUCCUUCGCGCACCACCGGGAUCGCACUUAUGGAUCAAAGACACAGUCGAGGAAAUUAUCCCGUCCGAGGAUGGGAGCUCCGGGGGAAACAUUCGCGUCUCGUCCGGUGAAACAUUCGACUUCGAGUAUCUCGUUCUGGCAACUGGAUCAUCAGCCGCUCUUCCGUCCCGCGUCGGGCAGGAGGACAAGCCAGCCGGUAUUCAAGCACUUCACGACCAACGGGAAAAGAUCGCGGGAUCCCACGAUAUCGUCGUCAUUGGAGGUGGACCUGCGGGGGUAGAAUUGGUGGCAGAUGCGAAGGGACAAUUCCCGGACAAAAACGUUACGCUCAUCCACUCGCGCAAGACCCUCCUCCAUGAGGGAUUCGGGAUCAAGAUACAUGACACUCUUAGCAAGGCCUUGCUAGAACUUGGAGUGAAUCUGGUCCUCGGGGAAAAGCCUGCCGUUCCGACCGGUGAGACGGUUGGGGAUAUUGAAUUGAGCGAUGAUUUAGUUCAUUUCGAUUGUCUGAUCAAAUGCGUAGGCCAGAAACCAAACACGGCACUAGUCAAGUUCGCAGCCUCCUCCGCCUUCUCCGAGUCUGGACAUAUCCGGAUCAAGCCUUCGCUCCAAAUCGCCGAUGACAAAUACCCCCGUAUCUACGCAGCCGGUGAUGUGAUUGAUGCGGGAAAUAUCAAGAAUGGUCGUUCAGCCAUGCAGCAGGGCCAGGUCGUUGCACAGAACAUCGUUCGAGCUAUCCGAGGCAAGAGCCAGAUCGAAUAUCAGCAGAAGUGGUGGGAGGGAUUGACAAAGCUGACUAUGGGUCUGACUAAGAGUGUCGCAUACGCUUCAGAUGGGCGGGCUGAGUGGGUGAUUCCAACGAAGUCGAAAAUCGAUCUCGAUUGCCCAGGAGUUUGGAAGUUCCUUGGGGCCACACCUUUUGUGGAUCCCGACGAGGAGAAAGAGGAUAACUGA